AUGAAGAGUCACUACAGAAACACCAUCUCUCUUGUUUAUCUCUUGCUUUGUCUCUUCAUCACAUCUGCCUCCUCUGCAAGUUCCUUCAUACGACAAUUCACUGAUGACUUCGACUCAUAUCUGCCGCAAAAAGAGAGGACUGGAGCAAGACUAAACCCAAACCUGGAUAAAGAUGCGGAGAUCUCAUUCUCAUCACGUGAUCAUAAAGUCUCAGCUUCAAGCACAGUGAAAGGUCUGAGAGAACGUCCUCCGUCUUCUUACUCUUUGAAGAUGGAAUAUUUCAACAUUGUCCUUGAGUCAACCAACUUAGAGAGAUACCAAUCUCGUCCUUUUUCUGUUGGUGGAUAUAGCUGGACACUUGUUGUGUACCCCAACGGGAACAAGAAGGAUAAUGGUGCAGGGUACCUUUCGCUUUACGUAGCCAUAGACAACUCAACUCUCCUCGCUGCGCAGAAAGACGUUUACGCGGAUCUCAGGUUUUACAUCUUCAACAGCAACGAGAGGCAGUACUUCACAAUCCAAGAUACCAAUGUUUGGCGAUUCAAUGUUUUCAAAACCAUGUGGGGAUUCUCCAAGGUCCUCCCUGUUGAGACAUUUAAAGACCCGAGUAAUGGUUACCUUUACGAUGGAGAUCACUGCCAGUUUGGUGUCGAUGUGACUCUUCCCACUACCUAUGAAAAAUCAGAACUUUUGACUCUCACUGAUCAUUUCAAUAGUCCAAGAUACACUUGGACGAUUCAGAGAUUCUCCACGCUGCUCCAAGAUGAAUACAAUUCAGAUGUGUUCACCAUUGGAGGAAGACGUUGGAAAAUAAAUGUGUGUCCAAAUGGUUGUUCCUCGGGAGAGGGAGUAGCCAUGUCCAUGUAUCUACUCCUUGAUGAAAACGACAAAGUCAGACCCUAUGAGAAGAUUUAUGUUCGAGCCAAGCUUCGAGUUCUUAACAAAAACCCAUCCAAUAAUCUUGAAAAACAAGUCGAUGCAUGGUACGAUGCACCGGGAUAUGGACCUCCAGGUUACGGUAGGCAUGAUUUUAUCCCACUCUCUGAUCUCAGAGAUUCAUCCAAGGGUUUCGUUGUGAAUGAUGUGUUGAAGGUUCAAGUCGAAAUUGAGGCCAUUUCUUUGACAAAGUACUUCCCUAGUUAG